UCGCAUUUGGUUUCUGAUGCGCUCUUUUUAAACAUUAAUGUAAACUGUUGUUUGUCGUUAGUAAAAACAUGGAGUGGAAAAAAAAGUAAGCGAAACUCUAGUACCGCUGCGGAGCAGAUGGCUACACGGAUGGAUUUCGAUGAUGCACCGCGUAUUGUGGGUAACGUAGUUUUGCGCCUUAUGGGUAACGUAGUUUUUUAUUGUUACAAAGGCAUCAAUGAAAAUAUAAUCAGAACUUCAAUUCCCAUAGGCGGAAGUUUGUGCAACUGAAAAGACGCGUCGUGUGGAAACAGUUGUGUUUGUGUGGAGCGGUAACUUUGGAACAUGUUGGGGCAAGUACGUGACCGUAAAAUAUACCGUAAAGCCUCGUAAACCCCGUGGUUUUGUGUAGUUGGAUGCCUCUAAGUAGACAAUAAGUCAUUGUUCUCAGGUUGUUUGUGUGGAAGUUGCCAGAAUGUUCAUUGUUAAACGUGUGGUGUGUGUUGGAGGCAUCAUGCUCAUCCAGUGCACCUCCCGCCCUGUGAGGAACUUCUCCGCUUGUCGCUGCCUGAACUCCCCUAAAAGACGCAGCUCCUACAGUUUAGCGGUCAGUGAGCGCUACUCCUCUUUGGUGAAGUCCGUCAUGUCCUCCAGGGUCAGUUCCCAAACCCCAGACACCCUCCAGGCGGAAGACGAGCACAUCUAUGGACCUGUUGUCAAAGCUCAAACGCCCUCAUCUAAACCAGAGAGGAGGGAGCCUAAGACCCUUCAUCCCUUCUUACUAUCUGAGAAGACUCUAGAGACAGAGGAGACAGAGUCAGGACUUCCAGUUCGGAUUCUGUUGAAAAGGGGCCAAGGAGGGUCCUCGGCACCGAGUGUGACCCGCAUCCUUCAGCAGACCCUCUCCCCAGAUCAGAGAUUCUACCUGGAGAGGUGGAAGAGGAGGAUGAUCGAAGAGCUUGGAGAAGAUGGCUUCAAAGACUACUCUCAGAAUUUAUUCAGGCAAGGCAAGCUUUUCCAUUCCACUUUGGAUGACAUCAUGGCGUCGGGAGCAACACAGGAGAACAAGCCUCCUGCGGAGACACCAGAGUAUCCGGCUGAGGUUCAGGGAUACGUGGAGAGCGUCUCUCACAUACUGGAAGACGUCAGUGCAGUGAGAGCGAUUGAAAGCACUGUACAUCACGACACCCUGGACUAUCUGGGAAUUGUGGAUUGCGUCGCUCGCUACAGAGGUGUUCUAUGUCUUAUUGACUGGAAGACUUCAGAGAAGCCCAAGCCAUUCCUGAGCAACACAUACGACAACCCUAUUCAAGUGGCAGCCUAUGCUGGGGCUUUGAACAAUGAUGGAAACUACAAAUACCAGGUUGAUCAUGGCCUCAUUGUAGUGGCUUACAAGGACGGCUCGCCUGCCCACGCUCACCAGCUCAGCUCGGAGCUGAUGCUACAGUACUGGAGGACCUGGUUGCUGCGACUUGAAAAGUUCACAGAACAGAGAUCCGGUCAUACGUCAACAGCUUUUUCAGAAAAGAAAUGAGGUGUUUGAAGAGAGAUAUGCGAGUGUAUUUCCAUGAAGCAGGUUAUUUCAGUUUAAGGUAACUAAACCUCUUACAAUGCUGUAGGACAAAACCGUCAGCUUUUAAUCGACUUGUUUACCUGCCUUUUCUGUGCUAAAUAUGCAAAUUAAUUAGCUGAACUUAAUUUGUUUCUCUAAAGACCUCAUCAGUUAUUUAGAAUAUAUUUUAUUUAUUUGUUACCAUACACUGAUCUGUUCAUUAAAUGCCACCCAGGCCUGCCUGUAUGUGGGAUCUUCAGUAAAGCCCAUGUUUUUAAAAAGCCUGUAGGAGACCAGGUUCUCCUCCUCUAUGAAGCAGUAGACUGGAUAAUCCUGAGUGUGGAGCCUCUUUGCCAUGGUGCUGAUGAGGACUUUGGCGUAGCCUUUGCCUCUGUGCUCUGGCAGGGUGUACAGCAUUCCCAUGGCACACGACGCAUAGGUCAGGAUCCAGGACACUGGCCUUCGUUGUGCAUCCAGCACGCAGCAGGAGGGGAAGUUUGCGAUCAUGUUGCGGAUCAUCCCCACAGCCUCGUCAUCAUUUGCGAACUUCCAUGUCUGACUCACCCAGCCAACGUGGGAUUCAUCCAGAGAGCCGAGGGAGAUUCCUGAGCUGAACACAACAGAAAGCAGAAUUAUGAACAACCUAUAAGACCUGUGAUGGUGAUGACCUGUCUCCAGAAUUAAGAUGUAAUUGCUUGGAUAGGCCCUACCUGGCUACAGAGGGAAGCUUGGAUACAUCCUCUAAUAUCAUCAUGUGACACACUGCCAGUUUCUUGCUGGACACACGUUUUUCUGAUGCCACUGCAUUGAAUAUCUCCAUGUGCCGAAGACUGAUUGCUUGGACAGAAGAAAAUACGUUUAUUUUUUUGUAUUAUUAAAACAAGAUUAAGGAU